AUGACAUUCCCCUCAUCGACUCCUGGGCCAGCUCGGCGUCAUGGAGAUUCCGUGUCAUCAUACACAACUCCUCGCUUGAUUCCUAAUUCUUCUGGUUCGCAAGAUAAUGCCUCCAAUACGCAAUCCGAAGUGAAUCACGGCUCCCUUCGAGGUCAAUCCACACAACAAACUUCGACUUCCAAUACUUCCGGCGCUUCACACCAAUACCAUCCUACACGUUCGUUUGUUCAUCUCUCCUAUCGUGGAGACCUAGCCCCGGUAGACAGUGCACAGUAUGCCCGCAGUGUUAGGGAAGAUACGGCCGAGCUUGCGUCAUAUGCCCUGUCCGAAACACCAGCCCCAGGUCCUCCCUCCCCAACUCGACCACGCACAGCACAGGUGCACCUUGAAACACACUUUAAUGGAGGUGAAGACGAGUCAAGACCAAAUCGAGAAAGCGAAUAUUCACGUCACGAAACUAUAGAAGAAGUGUCUGAGCCAGUCACUCCAGAGGAAGGCUCUUCAAGCAGCCUUCCACAAAGCGCAUCUGCUAUAGCUAAUAUGCUCAGAACUUCCCCUCCAAGUACAUCACCGCCGAACAAAGAUGGGGCAUUGGACUAUGGAGCCACUGAAAAUGGUCAAAGUGAUUCCAAUUCGCGGAAUGGCCGUCUUAUAAUCACCUCGCAAGGCGUCAAGAUGGACUCGACGGAACGCACACCCUUAUUGUCCAAGGUCUCAUCUUCACAUUCUCACCCCGAUUGGAUAAGAGGGGAUCGAGAUCUCGAAAGCCUACAUACCAAAAAGUCGCCGACUUGGCCAAAGCUACGGAAUGUCCUGAGAUCGACCAAAGAUCGAGGCACUGUCGUUGUCGAAACUGCCUUCAACCCCAAGCGCUGGGAUAGAAAGGCAAUAUGGCAAAACUGUCUCGUGGCACCCGUUCAAUCUCUUCCAUCUGUACUUUUAGGAAUUCUACUCAAUAUUUUGGAUGCAUUAUCAUAUGGAAUGAUCUUAUUCCCUCUUGGACAGCCAAUCUUCGAAAAACUUGGCGCUGCUGGCAUUUCCAUAUUUUACGUGAGCACGAUUAUCUCGCAAUUGGUGUUCUCAUGCGGUAUGAGUACAUUCAAAGGAGGGAUUGGUAGCGAAAUGAUAGAAGUUGUACCAUUUUUUCACAAAAUGGCGUUUACGAUAAUGGAAGUGGUUGGCGAAGAUAAUCCCGAAGCCGUCAUCGCAACAACUAUCACGUCAUAUGCGAUCAGUUCAGUUCUGACUGGCCUUGUAUUCUUCCUCAUGGGAACAUGUGGCUUUGGUUACAUCGUUGGGUUUAUUCCUAGACACAUACUCAUUGGAUGCAUUGGUGGCGUUGGCUGGUUUCUCAUUGCUACUGGGUUUGAGGUUACAGCACGCCUGGAUGGAAAUUUGAAUUAUGAUUUGAACACUCUACAUAAGAUGUUUGAGUCCGAUACCAUUGCUUUAUGGGCUAUUCCUUUCGCCAUAGCUCUGUUCAUCGUCUGGUCGCAAACCAAAGUUACCUCGAAAUUUUAUUUGUCUGCCGUUAUCAUGGUCAUUCCAGCAGUAUUCUACUUUUUCGUUCUCUCAUUGGAUGAGCUGGAAAUACCCAACCUCCGUCGGAAUGGUUGGAUUUUUGAGGGACCCGAGGCUGAUGAGCCGUGGUGGUACUUCUGGACCUUGUACAAGUUUCAUCUUGUUCGUUGGGACGCCAUUCUUGAAACAGUCCCCGCCAUGUUUGCUCUGACAUUUUUUGGACUCUUACAUGUUCCAAUUAAUGUUCCAGCGUUGGCCAUCAACGUUGGAGAGGAUAAUCUCAACUUGGAUCGAGAACUAAUCGCACACGGUAUCUCAAAUAUGCUAUCUGGCUUUGCAGGAAGUGUUCAAAAUUAUCUGGUGUACACCAAUUCAAUACUCUUUAUGAGAUCAGGAGGUACUCGUCUAGCUGGUAUUUUGCUUGCUUUCGCUACUUUCGGCAUUUUGAUGUAUGGACUUAUUCUAAUCGGGUACAUACCGGUCAUGAUGGUUGGGGCUCUCAUCUUUGUGCUUGGCUUCGAACUUUUGGUUGAAGCUAUAUGGGUACCAAGAAAGAAGUUGAAGCCCCUUGAGUAUUUGACAGUGUGUAUCAUAGUGAUCACGAUGGGGAUCUAUGAUUUUGUCGCUGGCAUUUUCCUGGGCAUUGGCCUCGCAUUCGUAUCCUUGGUAGUCCAGACCUCUAGAAUCCCAGCAGUUAGAGCAUCUUACUCUGGUGAGAUAGCUGGAUCCACAGUUCGUAGAAACGCUACUCAGUCCCGCUACCUUCGCGAUGUGGGCCAGCAAAUUCAUGUCACAAAGCUGGCUGGAUAUCUUUUCUUUGGCACUAUUGUCAGUGUCGAAGAACGUAUUCGUGCAUUGGUCGAAGACGAAGCAUUCACCGAAAGACCAAUACGUUUCUUGAUAUUUGAUCUCUACCAUGUGACAGGAAUUGAUUAUUCCGCCGCAGAGGCAUUUCUUCGGUUGAAUCGAAUUUUCAGCAAGAAAGGUGUUACUUUAUCUCUUAGUGGUAUUGACCCAGAAGGUCCUCUAGGAAGCCAUCUUAGAUCCGUUGGUCUUGGCCAAGGUCAAGUGAUUGAAGAUGGUAACGACGUCACAUUAUUUGACGAUCUGAAUUCCGCACUAGAAUGUUGUGAGAAUGAGUUAUUGAAAACAUUUUACGCUAGUCAACAAGCUCGCGCCAGUCGAAAUGCUACCACCGAUCAUCUAGAGGUACCCACAAGCAGAAGCCGCGGCAAAUCAUUCUCACAUUCUUUCGAUACUCAGUUCAGUUCUCCAAGGCGUAGCCAACUUUUCCAAAUGGCUACUAAUGCUUUGGAGGAAACUUCCGUACCCGAUAUCAAAUACUCGAAUUUCAAAGAACCUCUUCGCUUAAUUCUCCAAACCUUCCAAGGUCUCACGGAGAAAAAUGAAGAUUUUUGGUUCCGCGUCAUCCCCUUCUUCACGCGCAAAGAAUACCUGGCCGGCACAACACUCUACCGUCGCGGCGAACCAGCAAAAGGUUUCUAUCUCCUCGAAGAAGGUAUUUUACGCGCCGAUUACGAGUUACCUCAAGGUCGCUAUUUCGAGAGUAUCGUUGCCGGAACAACGUGUGGAGAAUUGCCAUUUUUCUCCGAAACGAAUCGUACGGCGACUGUGGUGGCGGAAAGAGAUUGUGUGGCGUGGUUAAUGAAUAAAGGGGAUUGGGAAUUGUUGCAGGAGAAGGAUAAAGAGGUUGCGCAGGAGUUGUUGAGGAUUGGUCUGAAGCUGACUAGUGAGAGGAUGAGUGCUAUUACUAGUUAUGUUUUAACUACUGCGGGAUAG